AUGUUGUUAAAACCUACAAGAUGUCAUCAAAUGUCGAUAAAAGAACUUUGUGAAAAUGACGAUAUGUGUACUGCUUUGUUUGUGGAUUCUGUUAUGGGAUUUGUGACUCAUAAAAUGGAUAUAAGACACAAACCUCUACCAGAAUAUGAAAGGCGUAACCUAAUUAAUUUACUUUGUGAAUUUGUACAUAAUACAGAUUUUGAUACAACUUUAAAUUCAAUUUCUUCAUUAAAUAUUGUUAAAGAAUUUUUAAAUUCAAAAACAGAUUUUGAAAAAGAAAAUUUUGAGGGACACAUAUUGCGGUUUCUGUUGAUGUUUUAUCCACAUUCUGGAUUUACUAUAACACAAUGUUUUCGAUAUAGUGGAGAAAAUAGGAUGGGAGGAAAAUUAGUUGCAACAAAAUUUUGGAAGCAAGGGAGUAUAAUAGAAAAUUUAAUUGGAGUUAUUGGAGAAUUAUCAAAACAAGAAGAAGCAAAAAUAUUGCAAAGAGGAGUUAAUGAUUUUUCUGUAAUGUUUAGUGUUAGAAAGAAAAGAGCUCAACUUUGGCUUGGACCCGCAGCUUAUAUUAAUCAUGAUUGUAAUGCUAAUUGUAAAUUUAUUCCUGGACCGCAAGAACAUACAGCGAUAAUUAAAGUUUUGCGUGAUAUCCAAACUGGAGACGAAAUAACUUGUUAUUAUGGAGCAAAUUUUUUUGGCGACGGAAAUUUGCGUUGUGAAUGUUCUACUUGUGAGAGGGAAGGAACAGGAUUAUUUUCAUUUCGUCAAAAUCCAAAUAUUGAGGAGGAAGAGGCAGAAAAACAUUCAAAUUCUGAAGAAAAAAAUGAAGAAGAAAAAAAUAAAUAUAAAUUAAGAGAUACUGAUUAUCGAACAUUUAGAGCUAAAGCAACGGCAGAAAAAGGAAAUAACAACAAUAAUGAACCUCUCAUUUCAUCAUAUUUUACCCAUAGAGGAAUUAGCGCGUUAACAAAUUUUUCUGCUGUUCCAACAAUUGAAGAGAGAAGAGAAGCACAAAAAUACUUGAUUGAAAUGUUAAAUCGUAGAAGUCUUCGAACAUUUUCUCUAACUCCAACAAAAUGGGCUAAUACACCCCCAUUAUCAAUUCAAAAAGCCUGUAAUACUUCUCCCGAAUCAUUUUCUAAAUUAACAAGAAAUGGAAAUUUACCUGUUUGGAGAAGACCACAAAUUCAAAGGGAGCAGGCUGUACAUAAUCGUUUUAAUUUAUUAAAGCGAACAUUCACUGAUGCUGGCAAAAAUCAAAAGUCAAUAAUAACAACAAGAAUAACUAGAGGGAAGAGAUUGCAAAUUACUGAAGAGAAGAACUUACAAAGAGAAGAACCUUCAUUUAAAAGUAAUGAAAUUCAGCUUGAUUUACAUUUGGAUGACAUUUUGAUUCAAAUUAAUGAAGAAAAGAGAAAGGUGGAAGAAGAAAAAGAAGGAAGAAGGGAAAUUUUGAAAGAUGAAGGCAAAAAUUGUGAAGAGAAUGCAAAAGAAGGAGAAAGUAUUUUGAAAGCGAAGGAGGAGGAAAAUAAAAUUUGUGAAGAGAAUAAUAAAAGAAAAAUUGUUUGGUUUGAAGAGGAGGCUGAGGAAGAUGAAGAAUUGAUUAAUACUGGAGGAGAGGAUGAAGAAGAGCGAAUAAUUAUAUUGGAAGAAAAGGAAAGGAAGGUGAUUGAUACUUUGGAAGAGGAAGAGAAGAGUGGCGAUGAAGAGGAAGAGGAUGAUGAAAAGAGAGUGGAAGAUGAAGAGAACGAUAUCGUUGAAGAGGAGGAGGAAGAGAAGGUUGUUGAGGAGGAAGAAAUGGAAGAAAAAGAUGAAGAGAAGGAUGUCACGGAAGAAGGGGAAGAGAAGAUUAUUGUUGAACAAGAGAAUAACGUAAUUGAAGAAAACAUCCUCAAGGAACUGUUAACCCUUUUGGAGGAUGAAGAAAGCAAUGAAGAACAAUAUAUAUUGUAUGAUCUGGAGGAUGAGGAAGAGGAGAGGGAUGAUUCAAAAGAAGAGGAAGAAGGGGAAAUCGAAAAAUGUUUUCAACAAGAUGGGGAUAAAGAAGAGGAUGAAGAGAAGAAUUUUAUAGAAGAAGAGAAGGAAGAAGACAUGUUGAAUGUGGAGGAAAGUUCUUCAAAGGAAGAUGAUAUUUCUUCAACUUUUUCUUUUAAGAAAAAAUCAUCAUCCUUAAAUGCUUCAUUUGGCGAAAUUGAACUUGGAAUAGAAAUUGCUUUAAUUGAACCUUUAGAAAAUCAGAUUUGUAUAUUUAAUUCUGUUAAAGAAGAAACGAAUGUUGUUGUAAAUUCAAAGGAGGAAGAAGUAUAUAAACGGGUUAUUACUGCUGAAGAUUUUGUUAGAAGAUCGGGAAGAAGGAGGGGAAUAGAGCCUGAAUUUGGGGAAUUUGUUCAUGGGCCGAAUUGGGAAUGGGACAAUUUGGGGCCUUUGUUCAGUGGGGCGUUUUGGGGUUUUUGUUCAGUGGGCCGAAUUGGGGGGGUUUUUGUGCAGUGGGCAAAUUGGGGUUUUUGUUCAGUGGGACAUAUUGCUUUUUGUUCAGUGGGACAAAUUGGGGUUUUUGUUCAGUGGGACAAGUUGGGGUUUUUGUUCAAUAUAAACGACACUUUGUACGACGAAUAUCGAAAGAAAUUUGGCAACAAAAUCAAAAGAGAAUCCUUUAAUUAUUAAAAAUUAGUUUAUUUCCCUACAUUAUUUCCUUUCUUUUUUCUGAUCUCCUUUUCUGUCUUUGCCAAAAUUAGUUUUAGGGAAAAAUUUAUUGUUAGACUUGCAAUUUAAUCUUUUUAAUUUUUUAAUGUUGCAAUUCAUUUCUUUAAUUGCUAAAUAUUUUAAAACAUUUUAUUUUAAUGUAAAUGAUGUAUACAUA